CGCAGAAGCAUGGCAGCAGACCUCGCAUCCUUCAAGGCCUCGGUGCUGGCCGAGUUUCCGCUCGAGCGCAUGGAAACCGCGGGUCUCGUGCCAAUGGGCAACCUGGAUGAUACGCUCACGCGGUACUUGGCGGCGCGCCCGACCCAGGCCGAGUCGCUCAAGAUGAUUCGAGACAGCAUGCGCUGGCGCGAAGAGAACAACAUCGGGCGCCUCGCGAAGCAAUUCAUGGUGCCUAAGGCCAAGGCCGACGUCAUCCGCCGCUACCUCCCGCAAGGCUGCCACGGCGUCGAUAAGGAAGGCAACGUACUCCUCAUCGAGGACAUUGGGGGCCUCGACACGGACGCGAUGGCCAAGACGUGCAAAUUCGACGACGUUCUCAACGCGCACAUUCAGAAAUGCGAGUUUCAAAUGCACUACACCUUCCCCAACGCCGCCAAGCGCGUCGGGAAGACCAUGGUCAAGUCCACCAUCAUUUAUGACCUCGCGGGCAUUGGCAUGCACACGCUCAAAAAAGUGGUGUUUCAAUUUGUCAAGGAGGUGGCCGUCAUCAACCAAGAUCAUUACCCCGAGACGCUCAACCGUGUCUUCAUCGUGAACGCGCCGCUCUUCUUUUACGGCACGUGGAAGCUCAUCGAGGUGUUCCUCAACGAGAAUUCGCGCAAGAAAAUUUCCAUUUUGGGCAAAAACUUCAAGCCGACACUGCACACGCACAUUGACGCGGACCAGCUCCCCAAGUCGCUCGGCGGCACGUGCGAGUGCUUUCCCGGUCAGCCCGUCGGCGGCUGCAUCUCGUCGAGUGCGUUCGUGGGGACGCAUUUUUGGAACGAAAUGGACAGCACGUUGCGCCCAUGCGACGGCGACGAUGGGACGCUGCCAGCGUAAAGCGAGCGUGAUCGACAUAGCGGUGUCUGCCGUGUUAAUAGACUAGCAAGUUUAUCAUGGACCACGACUCUUCUGUCCGAC